GCCCGUCCUCGUGCGAUAAUAGGCUGCGUCUGCGCCGUCUGCUGACGCGCACUCGGUCACAGGUACCUGGUCGCUGUGCGCCGUCCGGUCGGAAGCCCUCGAGGGAAAAAAGCAGCAUGUUUGCCGACACACGACAGUUGCGAACUCUACUGGGGAUCUGCGCCUUUAAACACUUGUAAGCGCGCGUGCCGGCGCCCGCACCGAACUUCCCACAACUCCGACGCGCUCGGAAAGUAUAGUAGCGCCACUUUGAGCAGAACGGACUGGCUCACCUUUACGGCCAGACCCAUGGAAUUAUGACUAUGGAAUAUCGCUGGAUACUUCUCUCCGCCGUUUUGCACUUGAUCUUCCCUCCAGGCACCGCCAAGCCCGUCAUCGCCCCCGCCAACCAGGGCCACCUUGUCUUCGACCUCACCCGGCCCUUGGAGCUGCACUGCAGCGGCGAGGGGGAGAUGCAGUGGCUGCGGGACCAGCGGGCGGUGAAGAGCGGGCAGAGAGCGGUGGACGGCGCGUCCACGCUGCACAUCGGCAGGGCUCUGCCUUUUCACAGGGGCCGCUACAGCUGCCUGGAGAAGCGCUCGGGGGAGCGAGCCUCCGUCUACGUCUACGUGAGAGAUCCUGAGAAUCCCUUCAGGAAACCUCUGGUGUUCAAGCUGCUCGCUCGCGUGGGAGAGAACGCCUCCAUCCCCUGCUUGGCAACCGAUCCGAGUCUAGACAACCUGCGGCUGGAAACGUGCUCGGGCGCGGCGCUGGCCCCGGGCCUCCGCUACGCCGCCGGCCUGGAGCAGGGCAUCGUCAUCCGCAGCACGCAGACGGCCUACGAGGGCUGCUACGUGUGCACGGGGACGCUCGGGGGGGCGCACGUCAGGUCGCACAACUUCUCGCUGCUGGUGAAGCCAGUCCCCACCGCGCCUCCUGUGAUCGAGAUGGAAGCGUACAGACGGCUGAUCCUCACUCGUGGCGAGAACCUCUCCCUCACCUGCAACACCUCCAACGUCAACGGAGAAAUCCAGCUGAAGUGGACCCCCCCCUUUGGCUCGGGUGCCGUCUGGUAUCCACAGCAACCAGCAAAAGUUGACGGCGAUUCCCGCAUCCUGGCCGAGCACUUCACCCACGUGCGCAGCUGCACGCUGCACAUCGGGGAGGUCAAGCCCCAGGACACUGGGAGGUACCAGUGCGAGGCUGAGAACGAAAAGGGUGUCAGCCGGAAGUCAGUGUGGCUCGAUGUUUACGAAAGGGGAUUCAUCAGCCUGAAGCCCACAGUCAACAAAACCAUUUACGUGCGUUCAGGCGAGAGUCUGACGCUGACCGUUGAAAUGGAGGCCUACCCCAAACCGCGCGCCUCCUGCUGGAGCUUCAUGGGCCGCGAGCUGAGGAACACGUCGGACCAUGUCAUCACCACGCACAGACACGAGUACACGUUCAUUCAUGAGUUGAGACUAGUGCGGCUGAAAACAACCGAGAGUGGAGUUUACAGCUUCAAAGCAUCCAACGGUGACGCGUCAGUGAAUCAGACGUUCAUCAUCUUCGUGAUCAGUAAACCUGCCAUCAAAUCUCACGAGGGUCCAGUGGAUGGGCAGGUGCGCUGUGUAGCAGAGGGGUUCCCUGCCCCACAGAUCACCUGGUACUAUUGUGAGCACCCUUAUGUCAGGUGCUCCCAGCAGGUGAACGCCACACAGGAGGAGCACAACGUCAUCACCAUCACGCUGAUCAGCCCCAUGUUCGGGAAGACGGAGGUGGAGAGUCGGGUGAACAUCAGCCGGGGACGCUUCAGUACUCUGGAAUGCGUGGCUACGGUGGAGGGAGAGCAGGCCUACACGCUGUUCACCAUUAGCGAGACCAUUAUUCCGCACGGCCUCUUCACCCCUCUGCUAAUUGGCUCUGUAUCAGCUGCAGGCAUCCUGUGCCUCGUCAUUAUCAUGCUGUUCUACAAGUACAUGCAGAAACCAAAGUACCAGAUCCAGUGGAAGGUUAUCGAGGGCAUCCACGGGAACAACUACGUGUACAUAGACCCCAGCCAGCUGCCGUACGAUCACCAGUGGGAGUUUCCUCGGAACAACCUGCGUUUCGGGAAGACGCUCGGCUCCGGCGCCUUCGGGAAGGUGGUGGAGGCCACGGCGUACGGCCUGUCCAAAGCCGACUCGGUCAUGACGGUGGCGGUGAAGAUGCUCAAAUCGAGCGCUCACGCGACGGAGACGGAGGCCCUCAUGUCGGAGCUCAAGGUCCUCAGCUACUUGGGAAACCACAUCAACAUCGUCAACCUCCUGGGAGCCUGCACCGUGGGAGGCCCCACGCUGGUGAUCACAGAGUACUGUUGUUUCGGGGACCUUCUCAACUUUCUGCGCAAAAAGAGAGACGCCUUCAUCUGCUAUAAGCUGGAGGAGGACUGCUACUACCGCAACGUUGCGCUGCAGGGAGACGCCGCUGGCGACAGCUUGAACGGCUACAUGACCAUGAGGCCUUCUGUUGCCGGCAGCCCACCCAUCAGCUCGUCCUCCGAGAAGUCACUACGCAAAGGUGGCUCCUACGUCGGCGCCGACCCAGACAGCGAGCUGUUCGACGAGGACGGCACGGCCGUGGACACCGAGGACCUGCUCAGCUUCUCCUACCAAGUGGCCAAAGGCAUGGAGUUCUUGGCCUCCAAAAACUGUAUUCACAGAGACCUUGCUGCCAGAAAUAUCCUCCUGACUGAAGGAAGGCUGGCGAAGAUCUGUGACUUUGGCCUGGCCCGGGACAUCACCACAGACUCCAACUAUGUAGUGAAAGGAAAUGCUCGUCUCCCGGUGAAGUGGAUGUCUCCAGAAAGCAUCUUCGAGUGUGUGUACACGUUCGAGAGCGAUGUGUGGUCCUACGGCAUCUUGCUGUGGGAAAUCUUCUCACUCGGAAACAGUCCGUAUCCCGGGAUGCCUGUGGACGCUAAGUUCUACAAACUCAUAAAGGACGGAUACAGGAUGGAUGCUCCCGAGUUUGCGCCCAGCGAAAUGUAUCAGAUCAUGAGGUCCUGCUGGGAACCGGAGCCCUUCAACAGACCCUCCUUCACCAAGGUGGUGGAAAGGAUUGAGCAGCAGCUGUCGGACGCCACCAAGCACAUUUAUUUGAACUUCAGCUCCAAGCUCCCUGCGAUCCCCAGAGCCAAGGACGACUCCAGUUCUGAGCCCUUACUGGUCCAGCACGAGAUCUUCCUGGAGGGGAUGUCCCUCAGAGCCCAGCGGGUGUGAGGACCCGCCCCGACCCGCCCCGACCCGAUCCGACCCGUCUGGCUGCCUCAUGAAGUGCCUGUAACAUUCCACCACAAACCACCUGACUACUACGUCCGCUCGCCCCCUCCCACCCCCCUCUCGCCGUCACGCGUUGAGAGUCGAGGGGAAAUUGCCGCCGAUUUCUGGCAAAUGAAACAAAGGAAAAAUGUGUUUUGUGGUUGUUACUGCCUGCUGAUCGGACUGAUUAUAGGGAGGACAGCUGGACCCAUGCUCCCCUGCUCCCAGCUACGAGCAGUCACUGGGGAAGGUGGAGGGACGUCAACCAUCAACCGUUACUCUGAAUCCGUCGCUCGCGUUUUUUUCCUACAUAUUUCAUAAAACUUGUUUAGCGCAUGGAACCGUUGCUCUUUAUUUCCCGGAGGUUCAUUUUCCUUUUUACAUUUCAUCUUUUGUUGUCGACUUCUGGUCGACUGUUGCAGUUGUUGGAGGUAAAAGGAAAAAAAGAGCAGAUGAGGCACUUGAACGUCACAUCUCACCACAUGAUACAGCUUUUAUUUCCUUUUUUUUUUUUACUCUUUUAUUAUCAGUGUUAUUCCAACUAUUCUAUCAGAUCUAUGUUUAUAUGAAGGAGAUGCCUUUGUUGGCCAAUAUAUAUACUGGAGAUGGUGAAUAAGCUAUGAGAUGGUUGGACUCAACAUUUCAGCUUUUUUAUGUAAUUGUUUUACUACCUGCACAGCGUCUACUGGAUAUGUUACAUCUGUUAAUGGAUGGUAACACUACACACACAGUUAUGGCAUAAACACGGUACGCUAGCUUUUAUUUAUGUGCUUGUUGACUGUAUAUGUGUACAUACCUGAAGGUAAUGCUAUAUAUGAUGAGUUGGGAGGAGUCAGCGUUCUCAGCUUUGUUACUCUAGCAGGUAAAGCAGGUGUUUGGUUUCACGUUCUAUUGACAGCUGGGCUGCUGGAGAGUUCUGGCGUUGUGGUGUAAAUAAAUGUUUGGGUUUGUGCGAUUCCUCACCUGCUCCUUCCAACGUAUUGUUCCUUGUUUACAUGCAUCAUCGCAGGUACUGCCAUUUCUGAGACGUGUUCUGUUUGCUUUUCGCCCUCCUUCCCUCCUCUACAACGGGAACCUUUUAGUCUUGGCUGACUGUUUGGGCUGUUGGUGCGUUUCUGCCCACGCUUUCCACUGGAUUUCUGCAUUGAACUACUGUAAACGCGGCGCGUCGGAGUUAAAGUCGAGGCGAUGCUGGUGCGGUGUCACCCAAUGGGCUGCACUGUUCCCUGAGGCAACAAGCCAGAGCAGAGCACAGCCGACGCUGGCUAUGAAGCUCGGCUCAGGGUCAUCGCAUUGUUCUCCGGCCAGUAGCUGGUUUCCCAUCUGUCUUUCUUCUCUUUGUAUCCAGCUGUUUCCUCCAGCGGAAGCGGGACUUUCAGCACCUCUCAGCCAGUAGUCUGCAUCAGUCCAGACCAUUAUGAUUCCCCUCUUCCCGCUGGUGGAUGUUGUUGGGAAGAGCACCAGGAAAGUGUCCUGUGUGUGUGUGUGUGUGUGUGCGUGCGUGCGUGCGUGCGUGUGUGUGUGUGUGUGUGUCUGCAGAAUUAAAAGAUUUAUUAAGAGGUGCCACUACUAUCUAUCUAUUCAUCCAGUCGUGUAGGCUACUAACACUCCACAGUCUCCGCUCUGUCUGUUUGUAAAUAAAAAUGUGCGUAUAUUGUAAAUUGAUGUUUAUGCUUUGGAAACGUUUAUCUAUGAAAAUGUGGUACACUGAGUUUUAUUAUGCUGUAUUUUCUUAUCUGUGCACAGAUUUUUAAUUGGUCAAGCAGUUUGGGUCUCUGUCUCCAUGGAAACUAAAACAAGAUUGUUUCAGCUAAUAUUUUAAUUUUUCCAGAUUCAUCAGUCCAACCAUUUUUUUCCCGCUUGGUACCUACAAAGAACACAGAUUCUACAGUAACAAACAGUUCAGUACAGUAGAAGUAGGUUUCAUCCAGAAAAGAUGAGGAGUGCUCCUCCUUGUUACCCUGAACCAUACAGUAGUUUUCAUGCAGUUUGCUACAUAUUUAUUAAAGGUUUUACUGCUACUAUGUAAAUUUUACGCAUUGCUAUUACAUGUGUCAAUGUAAAUAAAAUUGUGUACAUUGGAUUAACAAUCACA